AUGCUCAUUAAAGCGGGAGCAGACGUGAACUACAGCUGUGAUAGCAUGCCACCCUUGGUUGCUGCAGUCGAGCAGUCGAGUUAUCACAUCAUGUGGUACCUGCUUCAAGCUCAGGCAAAUCCGAAUGUCACGAAUCGCAAUUUGAAGCCAGUUUUGCAUAUUGCCGUCAAAAGAAACGAUCCUACUGCUGUGGAAAUGUUGCUUCAGAACUCUGCUGAUAUAGAAUUGAGAGAUGCUCAGAAUCGAUCAGCCGAGCAGCUUGCAGCCAGUGCUGCUUUGAGAGAAAUGCAAGCUUUUGAAAUGCUCAUUCGUGGUUACAAGAGAACUUUUCGUGACUUCAGUACUGCAGAGAACAAGGCGAGGAAAAGACGCGAUUGCAAUGCUUGGUCUAACCACAUGGAUGAUAUCAAUUCGGAUGACAAUCGUUCAGAGGAAGAUUGGAAAUCAGACAAUCCCGAAGAAGAUUUGCAGCAAAUCAGUGCCAAACACUACAUGACAGACGAACUUGCUUCCAGAUGGUACAGAAUGAUGUUGAAGACAGUCGAGCUUCUGACAGAUGAUUGUCUUGCAGUUCUGCCUUCUUACUUUGGAGGACCCAGACAAGCUCGUUUAUCUCGUGAGAUCGAAUUGACAUCUGUGGUUCAGAAGCUGCAAGAUUUGAGCUCCGACAUUGUCGACAUGUGCAACGAUAAAUUACUUUCAAAAAAACAGUCUGAGGCAUUGACUGAAAACAUCUUGAACGAGAUUCCGAUGCUUGGCCAACAAGUUUUUGACAUGAAGCUGGACGAAGAGAGAAAAGUCAACCCUCACAAUCCUGCGAAAACUGUGCGGAUCAGCAACAACAGGGUGGUGUAUUAUGAAAGUUUUCAUUUGCUGAUCAACCGCUACACGUACAACAAGAAUCAUGGAAUCUCUUUUCACAAUGACAUUAAAGAAGGAUAUGAUGUGGACAAAGAUCCCAUUACUUCUUUCUCCUGCCGACUCGGGUCUUUGCUGGUUAUCAUCUCCAGCACAGCACCAGAAAAACAUGAGAAGACCGAGGGCAAACGUGCGUUUGUUGUGUAUCAGCCUCCGGGAACAAUUCUUGUGAUGGGCGGCAACUUUCAGAGAGCUUACAAACAUGGUGUACCAAGUUUUCGGGAGAUCAAAGAGCUUCUUGCUUGUGCAGACGACGUGACUUCUUGGGACGGUCUGAAACUAAAAUUGGAGUGGUUUUCGAAUUCGAAACACUUGAUGCAAGAGGAAGUUGAACGUAUUGAAUUCUUGAAUCUGGUCAACGAGCAAGAUGCACGUUGGAACGUCACAAUGCGAUGGGUGAGAAAUCAUUCACAGCCUUUCUGUCCUCUGAAUCCCCGACUCUUGACAAAUAUCAGUCGACUGGAUGAAGAAAAUCAUCAGCGGAGGAAUCAGCAGAAGCAGCUGAAACUGUCGAAUCCGGUAUUGCAGAAAAAAACUGCAGAGCCAAAGGCAAAGGCCGCUACCCCGGCAUUUGCUUGGAACCCGCCCGGAGGAAACAGAGCUCGUCCAAGCAAAAGCGGAACACAGGAUGUGAAUCCGGGGAGGGAAACGGAGGAGAAAGAAUCGGAGAAAGAUUCAGAAAAGGAAUUAAAUGAGAUAUUUGACUUCGUUUCUAUUAUUUCUGAUGCCCUGGAGCUGCAGAUAUUAUCAGACGAUCAGAUGAUGGACGUGGCAUUGUGUGGCAGCCAACAAAUUCGCAAAAAACGUUUCUCCACAUUUCCGGAACAGUACAAUCUUGGUUACAAUUUGUACAACAAGAUUUCGGCAGCCAAUAUGAGAGUGAAAGAGGAUUUAGACCCGUUACUCAAGGCUGUGGAUCGGAAACUGAGGAGAUUGAAAAACUUGCAGAUGCUUAUUGAGCUUUUGUGGUUGGACAGCGAAGGUCAGGGCAAUUUCAUGAGCUGUACUACUCUGAACCAGCAGCACGAGUUCAACAAGUCAAAUGAUCAUCUGAAUCGGGUUGUGAUGUCCUUCUUUGACUUGAACGAAUGCUUGCCUGUGGACGGCUUUUUGAGCUGGGAUCACAUGAUUGAUGAAGGAUGGCUGAUGUUCAAUUUCGACACUUUACAGGACAAUCGAAAACCCAAAGCGGAGGUAACAAAAUCGAAGAAAGGUUCACCGGUCGUAGCUGAUGUCACAAUGACAGGGAUCGUCAAAGUGAGCCAAUUUGACAUCCUGUAUAUCAAGAGAGAAAAUAUUUUGCCACAGCAAUUCCCUUUGCGAGUGACAUUUCUUGCUGAUGCAUCAAAGAAUGUUGCUGCAAAGUGCAAGGACAAGCAAUCUUUGAGCAGUCAGGAACAAUUGAAACUGUGGAUGCAACAGCUGAUGAACUUCGUCGCGGAAUUGGAGGAAGAAAAAGGUUUCAGUCCACUUUUAGAUCGAAAAGGAUUCAUGAAAACCUGCAAAAUCGUACUGUGGACACUUCCUCUCUCUGACGCUCUGGAAUAUAAGAAUAAGAAGCAAAAGAAAGCUUCGAAUACUCGCGGUUGA